GAGAUGUGGAACGAAGAUUCCCAGUAUGAUGAGCCGGGAGACUUCGAUGAAAACAGCGUAGAUAUGACAGUUGGGCAUGUUAAUGCAGUGCAAAAAGUACAAAUAUCUAAUAAUAUCCAGAUAAAUGUGAAAGUCACUCCAAUAAUCGAAAGAACAGUUGGGUUUAGUUAUAAUUCUACGGUGGCGGAGGAUACAGAGAAGCUGUUGGUGACAAGGAGCGAUGAUGACACAGUAGCUGAUAACAUAACGGAGAGGAUUAAGGAGAUCGUUACCAGUGUAGUAUCCAAGGAGGUUGAAGACGAGACUGGAGGGAGUGGAAGCAGUACAGCGUAUAUCGUGGUGAUUGUAAUCGCCGGGUUAUUGAUUAUUAUCAUAAUUUGCAUCUGGUUACGUUACAGGAAUACUCUGCGCUGUGGUGAGAGAUACCGGAAGGACGCUGAAAAGAGUGAUUGGUUUCAGCGAAAAUUUCGGAAGGAUGGAGAGGAUAAGGUAGAGCGGAAGAUUGAAAUAAAGGUUGUUGGGAGAGAGGGUUUGACAGAGGCAGGUGGGGAGUCAGGUUAUUUUACUCCAGUUGCGAGUAGGCCUACAGAGGGGGAUCAGGACAUCUCAAACUUAGGACGGGGACUGAGUGCAGCUAAUGAACUGAAGGAUUGUACGGGGUUGAUGAACUGGAAUUAUUCCAGUGCCGAGUUCGAGGAUAGUUUGUAUGAAGAUGUACAAGGGCCAGAUGAAGGUGAUGGAACGGGUGACGGAAGGCGUAAAGAGACCACGGAGGAGCAUGACGAUCAGAGAGGACAUGAUAUAAACGGAGUUUUAGUGGGAGGUGAUAGACUGAAUCAUGCAGAUCAUGGGAAAAGAGAGGAUGGUGGCGGGGAAGUACAAAAAACGAAUGUCAAGGCUGGGAUUGAGAAGUCGACAUAUAGAUAUGAGAAUGUCAUUGAGCUACCCAUAGUACCUAUGCCAUUGGGGAGGCUCAAUAAGGAAGGACAGGACCGGUACAGAUUUAAAGAGAUGCGGAAAAAUGGUAUAAACGAUGAUGCAAGCUCAGAGUUACAGAAGAGGUUUGUUGAGGGAGUAGAAGAAGCUAUUGCUAAUGUGGACGCAGCUUAUGGGGACGGUGAGGAGAGGUUGGUUCAAGCUCUGGAAGAUCUUGAGGGCAAGGUAUUGGCAGAGAAAGUUGAGGAGGAGGAGUUAAUGCUGCGAGUACAUCAAUUUUAUGAUGCAACACCCAGACGGAGUGCUCGGUUGGCCAAAAAAAGGUUGGAGCCGAAGGAGUAGGGGAGUGGAUUGGAGAGAUAAUUAUAAGAGGAAAGAAAAUUAAUACACCAUGUGAUACGUUUAGUAGACCGAGGUUAAUGAGUAUAAAUGUUUUGUGUGUUGUUAAGCUUGU